CACCGCGGGGACCGUCUGCGGCGUCUGGCGAUCUUGUCAAACAUGGUAGAGGCGGAAGAAAAGGAGGUGAAAGAGGUGAAGGAGGAGGAGGAGAAGGAGGAGAAGGAGGCGGUGGUGAUCGACACAGACGCGGAAACAAAAUCUGACAAGGCGGUGGAGACAGAAGUGGAAAUGAAAUCUGGCGUGCGGCUGAGCUUGGAGCUGAUGGCUGAGUGUGUGCGCCGUCAUCUAGCAGGUGGCAACGAGGAAGAGGACUUAGAGGAGGAGAUGGUGUUCCUGGACUUCCACACAGCCUUCAAAGGAAGCUUGUUUGAGGAUUAUCACAUCCUCCCUCUUCAAGUGGCAUGUGUGGACAACAGUUUUCUKCCCUUCUUUAAAAAGGCGCCACAAUUGUUUSACKCCUUCCUCUCAGACCCUGGGACCAUCAUGUCUCUGAAGACGUCCCUGAAUCCGGGAAAGGAUCUUGCUCCUAUGUUCGCUGAGUACUGCAACUGCAAGGAUGAACAAGAAUCCCAUGCAGCAGAAUACUUUGCCAAGGCCUGUAUACCUGAGAAAAUAUACGAUCAUUUUUGUGGUGGUUGGGCCAGAGGUGGUGGCUGUACUGAUGGCGACAGUGGUGAUGAUGGCGGUAACAAUGCUUGUUACGAUUUUGGUGACGACUAUGACGAACCUGUCUUCACUCAGAACAUGGACGUGGAACAGAACAGUGGUGACGCUGACGUUGAUGUACACCUUCCUCUCAAAGCUGAUAACAGGGCAUCAACGAUUCCUGAAGUCGUCCCACAGUCUUACCUUGAGGUGAGGGAUGGUGAUGAUGAUGGUGAUGGUCAUGCUGGUGAUUACAGAAAUGCAGUUCCCAGCUGUGGUCCUGACAAGGGCGAAUCCGUCACUCUGGAACUGGCUGAGAGCAAUGUCGAUGACAUCAACAAAAAUGAUGAGGAUGAUGGCCAUGGAGAUGAGAGUAAAGGGGAUGGUCUUGGUCAGGCUGAUGACCUCAAGCAGGAGUUAGCAAAUACUAGUGCUCGACACGAUUAUGGCAGAGCCCUUGUGACUGAAGUGCCUCAGCUCAAUGUCGGCGAUGACAGCAAUCUUUGCAAGGAUGAUCAUGAUGAUGGCGAUGGUGGUGUUGUCGGUGAUGUGACACUCUUUGUUGAAAUGCAUCUGUCGAACCUUCAUGAUGAAAUCGUUGGUGAUGGGGGUCUUCGUGAGCCUGGGGAUUCCAGUGCAGCUGGGGAUUUGGAAGAACAGUACGAUUCUAUUGUUAGGGAUCUCCUAGAUUGCAAAGGAAUCAAAUCAACUUCUACAGAUUGCUGGAGCUGGAGAAGCUCUUUGGGUUCAAAAACGUGUUUCCGCCGCUUCGGAAUCGACCCAUGCAUGACAGGGACUGAGAGCGAUGAAGUCAUUCAGAACCAGCUGUUGGGAUUUACAAGAACAGUACGUUAUUGGAACUGCAUUUUUGGUGAUAAUACGGUGCGGGUAGAAAGACUGGAUUUUGACUUGAUUGGGAGUGACGGCCGACAUCUCCCACUGCAAAUGUUCUUCUGGCAGGGACAUUACGGAGAUGAUAGGUGGAUAUCAGGCUGGUUCGCAGAUGUCUGGGACCGGGACACAGGGUUGCUCAUCUCACAUGUUGGAAGGGCCCACUGGCUUGAGCGGCGAAUCUCAAAGGUGAAAGUGCUCACAAAAAACCUUCAACCGGGGGGGUACAAGCCCCACCAUGAUGUCCCUACUGUGCUGAAGAAAACAUCGUUCUUAAAUGCACUUCGCGUAUCUGAAGGAGGAGGAGGAGGAGGAGGAGGAGGAGGAGGAGAAGGGGGACAAGGAGGAGAAAGGGGAGAAGGGGGAGAAGGACAAGGAGGAGGAGAAGCAGGAGAAGGACCUGGUACAGACACUAGGACUUUCAAAGAGCACCGGGAGGCGCUAUUUGCCAGUGAGCGCUAUAUGUUCGCAUCUCGUACAAAACAAAGAAGAUCCACCCCUCCACACAGCGUGGACUGGGAAGUGAUGAAAUCUCUGCAGAAGCUUCAGAAGUCUUCGGUCAGUUUUGUGUCGUACGAGUACGACAGCGAGUCCGAGAUUGAGCGCGUGAUUCCUGUUGCAGCUCGAUUGCGAGAACUGGUGCUGGGCGCGAUGCACCGGGGUUGCUUCGAUAAGAUGGUUGUUGAGUUGCAACUUCGCCCUUCGUAUCUGAGGGAUCCCGUCCAGACUGCCUGCGCGCAAUUCGCCCACAUCUUCAGGGGGUCGCAGUGGGAGGAACUACCUCAGCAGCUCGUGCUCCACAUCUUGCAGUUUUUGCCCCCACAACGACAUGUCAUAUUUCGACCUCCCUCCRGCACCCAAGCAUCUCGUGAUGCUGCUGCACAAGCCGUUGGGUGGUUCCGGUUUGAAUUCCGAUGGGGUGGCUCGGACAUACCUGACGCACCAAUCCAGGAAUUGCAUGCAAGGAACCUAGUCUUGCAAAAGUGAGACCAGGUCUGGAACAGAACCAGGUGGAAGUCCCGGAGCGCGCCAAUGGCCUUUGCCCUGUGACCUG